GACAAAACAUGCAGGACCGGAUUUGUCUCCGAUAAAAUUUGAUUAGCCAAAGAAUAUUCCGGGCGGUGCCACCAGAGGUGUAGAAAAAAAUCCUCUCUAGUUACCCAUUUAAGACUUCUUGGAAAAAAGGUUUUCUAGGAAUUUCAUCUACUUUCACGACCAAAUAUUUCUUAUACAAAAUGUGGAAAGCAGCUGCGGGACAACAGGUAAACAUAAAAGAUAACCAGGACGAUGAUGAAUGGGAAACGGACCCAGAUUUCAUCAAUGAUGUCACAGAAGAACAGCAAAGAUGGGGCUCUACAACAGUCCAAGGAAGUGGGCGGACUGCUGGUGCAAUAGACAUGGAAAAACUGAGGCGUGAAACUGAAGAAUCAGAUGUCCAGAAAAAGAAAAAAGCUUUAGAAGAAGCACCUGAUAAUCCAGCUAUUGGCUAUGGUGGUAAGUUUGGCAUCCAAAAGGAUCGAAUGGAUAAAUCUGCAGUGGGGCAUGAAUAUGUGGGAAAAGUUGAGAAGCAUGCAUCCCAAAAGGAUUAUUCUACAGGAUUCGGUGGCAAAUUUGGGGUACAAGAGGAUAGGGUUGAUAAGUGUGCAGUAAGUUGGGAUUAUAAAGAAAAGAUUGAAAAACAUGCAUCUCAAAAGGACUAUUCCACAGGAUUUGGUGGUAAAUUCGGGGUGCAAACAGAUAGAGUUGAUAAGAGUGCCGUUAGCUGGGACCACAAGGAGAAAAUUGAAAAACAUGCCUCACAAAAGGACUAUGUAGCAGGUUUUGGUGGGAAAUUUGGUGUUCAAAGUGACCGACAGGAUAAAUCUGCUGUGGGAUGGGACCAUGUAGAAAAAGUGGAAAAACAUGAAUCCCAAAAAGAUUAUGUAAAAGGUUUCGGUGGUAAGUUUGGCAUUCAGUCGGACCGUCAGGAUAAAUCGGCUGUGGGAUGGGACCAUCAUGAAGCACCACAAAAGCAUGAAAGUCAAACGGAUCAUAAAAUCGGAUUUGGUGGCAAAUUUGGCUUGCAAACUGAUAGGGUGGACAAGUCAGCAGCAAAUUUCGAUGAACCCACCAAAGUUGGUACCAAUUAUACCAAAGUGAAGCCAGACAUUGGGGGUGCUAAACCCUCAGACUUAAGGGCGAGAUUUGAGACCAUGAGUGCAAAUAAUAGCCAGCCAAGCUCACAAUCGAGCUCUCCAGCCCCUAAAAAGACUGUUCAUGCCAAAGCUGCAAUAUUCUCGCAGCAAAGUAGUCAAGAAAGUACAGAAUCAUCCACCCCGGAAAAAUCGAGUAUACCGAAACAAUUGGACUUGUCCAAAAUGGCGUUUUUGAGUCAGACAUCCAGUACUUCAGAAUCUGUGACACACGAAAAAGGCACACCGCAAAAAAUGGACCCCAAUAAAUUAGCUCAAUUCAGCAAUAAUGCUCAGAACGAAACUGAAGUGAACUCGAGCUCAAAUAGUACAAUAAAAGAAGAACUGGAGCUGCUUAAGCAAUUACAGAAACAAAAGUCUGAAGAACCCGCUAGUGGUGAAGCAAUUGCACAAGGGGAAGAUAUUUAUGAGGAAGUACAUCGGGUAGACCCACCUGAACUGUUUAUGCACAAAGAGGAACCACAGUCGGAUAUCCAACAAAAUAUCGAACAUGCCACAGUGGCAGAAGUUCUGGCACAAGACGAUGGAGAAAUAGUGGACACCGGUAUAACUGCCAUCGCUCUAUACGAUUAUCAGGCGGCGGCAGACGAUGAAAUUUCGUUUGACCCUGAUGAUUUGAUAACGCACAUCGAAAUGAUUGAUGAGGGCUGGUGGAGGGGAUUAUGUAAAGGGAAAUACGGACUGUUUCCUGCCAACUACGUUCAAUACAAUGAAACCUAAUUUUAGUUACUCAGACAUCUUGUAUUUGGUUUAAUAAGAACGUCUUUAAAAUCAUUUUGCCUGACGGAUUUGAAAGAAAAUAAUUGUAUUAUUUUUAUGUACUUAUUCUAACUAGGUUUAUUUGCUAUAAGUUUUAACUUAUACAAUUGUAACUUUUUUAUAUUAUAUCGGUAAGCUUACAGAUUAUACAUUUGUUAUAAUAUGGUGCAAAAUAGAGUCUUUGUAUAUUUUAA